GUGCCAUCGUGGAUGCGACCAAGUGUGCUUCCAGCCGCAGACUGUGCAGUGAUCACUGAGUACAUUGAGGUGUCUAAGCCGCUCAAGUCUGCAACUGAUGGCCUGCAAGACUGCGGCAAAGUUGGUACCCAUGGCGCAUUAUAUGAGAUUAUGACUGUCUUUGAGAUCGUAAUUGCUGACUUCCCUGUGCGGAUCAGGCCAUUUACUGCUGUCCAAUUCCACCUAGCUGAAGCACCAGAA